AUGGAAGCUUUGCCUACACCUGAGGAAUUAAUGAAGUCUAACUUUCGUAACGUAAUUACGCUGUUGGAAGUGCUACAUAAACGAGUAAUUGAGCAGGAAAUCAUGUUGAAUGACAUUAAAAUCUUCCUUGCUAAUCGUAAUCAAAAGCCUGAGGAACAAAAUUCGUUUAAUCCACUUGAUUUUUUGAUACAAUCAGACAAUGAAGAUUCUCGUCCGGAUGUUAGUGAUGAAUCGUCAUCAACAACUGUUAAUAGAGAUGAUAUUGCUGAUAAUUCAAUGGAAAUCGCAUGCUUUGAUUGUAUGCAAGUUUUCAAACGAGGAACAGGAACAUUUACGCGCCAUUUACAUACAACACCAUGCAAGCCAUACAAAUGUGAUAUAUGUGCAAAAUUGUUUAAGAAAAAGUCAAAUAUGAUGACACACAAGCUGACACAUUCUGAGGAAAUCUUAUCAUGUGAUUUAUGCUCUGCCACGUUCAAGUGCCGCAAAUAUUUGAACAAUCAUCGUAUUCGUAAGCAUAAAAUUUUCAAGAACGAGAAUGUAGCUGAAAAUCAUGGAAUUAAGGAAGAAGCUGUAGAAAAUGAUGGCAAUUAUGAAGAGGAACCGCCACAAAAGAAAAUUAGGUACGAGAUUAACUCGGUGGAUUUUGACAAUUUCUUGUCGAAACAUUUGCAAUAA